AUGAGUGCGCUCUUCUCCGGGGUGGCAACGGAGUUGGGCUUACAGGUCAUCCUGAAGCCCUACGACAAUGCCAUAGGAAGAGGUUUCUGUUUGCUGGCAGGUUUGGCCUACCCCACCUUCGCCUCCCUGCGAGCCUUGGAUGGGGCAGCAGACCAGCGCUCCUCUCAGAAUGCCUCGGAAGUCAGGAAAUGGCUGCGGUAUUGGUCUGUUCACGGCACCCUCACCGCAGCAGAGCUGCUCCUCAACAAAUCAGUCACCUGGGUGCCCUACUACCAUGUCAUAAAGUUUGCCUUCCUGCUGUGGCUUCAGCUCCCACGUUUUGAGGGUGCGGCGCGAUUGUCCAGGGAUGUUCUGGAUCCUGCUGCAAAGCAGGCAGCUCCGCUGGUGGACCUGGGCCUCGCCAACCUAGCGCUGCUAUUCAGCAACCCAGUGCUGGCUGGCGCAGAAGCGAGGCUCCAGAGCUUGGCGGCCCAGUUCCCUGUCCUCGAGUGGUUCAUGCGAAGGCCAAGUGGCCGCUUUUAG